UCUCUCUCUCUCUCUCUCUUGCAGAUUUCUCUUUCGCGGUUCUGAGCCAUGGUUGGACCCCACCGGUUUGUGGUUUGCAUUUUUGCACUAUUCAAAGGCAUAGCUGCUGAUUGGGCAACACAGACAGGUAGUGCAGGUGCAGACAUUGCUGUGGGAAUUGCUGUGGACUCCGCAGGACAUGUCCACCUUGCUGGAGUCACCGAAGGACGAUUGGGUGGGUCGCACCAGGGGCAACAAGACGUGUUUUGGCAAGUGCUUGGAAGCGACGGAGGCGUGAUGUCCACGGUUCAGUUUGGGACGUCUUCCUUUGACCAGGGCCGUGACAUUGCCGUAGACGCCUCUGGCAACGCAUACAUCGUUGGCAAUACUGGAGGUUCCCUUGCAGGAGGAUCUCUUGGCGGAUCCGAUCUAUUCUUGCACAAGUACAAUAGUGCAAAGAGCUUAGUGAUCGGAAAGCAGUUUGGCACCAUUAAUGAUGACUAUGUAUCAUCAAUGGCUCUUGACUCUUCAAACCUAUAUCUCACAGGUACUACGAGUGGUGUACUGGAGGGUAGUGCUGUCGGUGAUUUUGACGCCUUUGUCAUCAAAGUCCGUGUGUCAGACUUGGGCAUUGUGUGGUCCAAGCAGUUCGGCUCUGUUCUGCAUGAUGAACCUUGGGCCAUUGCGGUGGUCGGAACUGGAGCAGUCGCAUGCGGGUCAACCAAGGGUGCCUUCCCAUCCAAGACUCACGCAGGAAACGAGGAUGUGUUCUGCACAAGGUUGAAUGCCUUGGGCUCCAUCGAAUGGUCUUUCCAAACUGGCACCUCGCAGAAUGAGCGUGCUCGCGGUGUAGCUGUGGACGGGCAGAGUAACAUCUAUGUCACAGGAAGCACAAAAGGGCAUCUUGAAGGCCAAACUCACCCAGAUCCAGGUCGAGACCUGGCAUUUUUGAUGAAGUUGGGCAGUGCUGGAGUGAUUCAAUGGACGCGCUUGCUCGAAUCUUCUGCCUUGACCUCCAUCGGACACUCUGUGGUUGUGGCUACCAAUAUUUGGAUGGCUGGGACAACAGAUGGCGUAAUAAGUCCUGAAUCAUUCAGGGGUGCAACUGAUGUGUUUAUAGUUGGAUAUGAUCCAUCUGGAAACCUGAUCUGGAAGAAGCAGAUUGGCCCGAGUGGUUCAAGUCAUGCACACAGCUAUUGGUCAGGAUCAAGAGUUUUGCUGGUCAACGCAGCAGAGACAGAAAUUCAUUUAGCAGCUUCCACAUACGGUACAUGGAGCUCGUCAAAUGCCGGUUUAUCAGAUUUGGUGGUUCUUCAGUUGUCCAUGGAGGCCACCACCACACCUGUGAUUACCACCGCGACCACGACAACCCCUGUGACCACCACUACGACCACGACCGCGACAACGUUCGUCACUACCGACGGCCUCACCACAUCAACGCACGACUACGAGCCGUCCACCACCACCACCACGACGGAGACCACCACCUCCACACGCUGUGCAUCAGAGUAUUUCGGAGACAGCUGCCAAGAGCGACGCGUCCAGUUUCAUUCGAAUAGCGGCUUUUGUCUUGAAGAACAUUCCAACGCAGCAAUUUGCAAAGGUAUCGUCAUUGCUGCAGCCCAGGAAGACGAAUGGUGCACAGCAGAGCAAGACUGCGAGGCUUGGAGCGAAAUCAAGUACAUGGUCGCCCUUAUGUUCGAAGCGGAAGUUAGUGACAUGAUCGUGGACUUCAUGGCGGUUUGCUUUUGCUUGGCAGCAGUGGUCAUGAAGUUCUGCGGCCGCGGAGAUCUCGGAAAGUCUCUGCUCUUGGUGACCUUGAUUAGCUUUGUUGCCGAUAUUGCCCUCGAGGCUUUGUUGGUGCACUCGAUCUUAGGAGCUUCGGAAGCAAUUUCGACGGUCAAGGAGGCCUUUUGCCUUUCACAAGGUGAUGGCUAUGCCAUGCUGGUGCUUCUUGAUGAUUUGGCCAACACAAUUCAAGCACUUGCUUGGCUCAACAUUGUCAUUGCAGUGGUAGGAGGUGCAAGUGAAGUUGUCCAGACUUGCCAGGAAGCUUGUAAGAAAUCAGUUGAAUCGAUGGCCUUCUUGGUCACGACUCUGGCGGCAGUGGCUGAGCUUGCUAUUAGUGUGUCAACUUUUGCGCUCAACACCCUUGAAUUUAUCGAGGUCAUCAACGCGAUUGAGGAGGCCACAUUAGGAUUGACACCCCUGGAAAAUUCCCAUGUCUGCUUCAAGAGGCACCCUAAUUUACCGCUGGUGGAAGCUGCUGGAGUCGCGUGGGUCAACCCACUGAUGAUCAUGGUGAUCCCUGGUUCGGUGGUUUUGGCUUGCUUUCUUUGCGCCGUGGUGUGGAGCUGCCGAUCCAAAGUGGACGAUGAUCCGGACGAUCGAUUUUGAGUCCUAGUAGCGAAUGGUAAGUCCUAUGCGGCAAUCCGGACGAC